GCACGUCGCCUCCCCGUCUCUUUCUCCAGUUAUUUUCCCAACCAAAACCCGAUCAAUCUUUACCAGCCAAACCAAUCCCCCCCACGAAGGCAGCGACGGCAGAGCGCCCAAUGGCCAUCGAGGCGGACACGGUGGCGGCGGCGAGGGCGGCUUCGGUUUCGGUUUCGGAGACGGCGCCCAUGUCCCCGGCCGCCUCGGCGGCGGCGGCAGCGGGCACGGCGCGGCCGCGCGUCGGGUGGCUAAAGAAGCUCAUCCCGCGGGACUACCUGCCCCGGAGCCGGCGGUGGAGGCUGGCCGCCCCGUCCGCCGGCGGCGCGUCCAGGCUGGCGUCGUCGCUGUCGCGCUCGCUGCGGUGGAAGCGCCUCCCGGGGCUCUCCUCCCUCAGCCUGCGCAGCGGCUCGGCGUCGGCGGUGGUCGACGCGGUCGCGUUCCGCGUCAUGUACGUUGUGGAGGCCGUCGUGCUGGGGCUUGCGCUCUCGUGCUUCUUCCUCUGCUGCGGUUGUCACCUCUGAGCUGUUUCUUCCCCCUCUUCACCGCUACUACAGUACUACUUGGCCGGGCGUGUAACAAAUGCCAUCGUUUUCCUGCUUCUUCAGUUCUUCUGUCGAUCAUUCUGCUGUAAAUUUUCCACCUUUGAGUAUAAAAUGAAAAUUUGCAAUGUCAAUUGGCAGUUGGUUAGUUUAA